AUGGACGGCCUUUCAGGUGGGAUAAGACGUUUCGCUUUCCAAAAGCUCGCUGCGUUGGCAGUUGAGGCGCCUCGCGAUCGGUCGGAGCUCACUAACCAGGAUGUCGCUCUCAAUGCGAUUUUGAGAGAUCAGGCCCCGACAGCUAGGGUCCCAAUGGGAACCCGCGAAUUAGAUGUCCUCCUAGCCCUAUGUAAGGCAGCGUCCUUGGUGAACGACCCAGAAAAUGCCUCUCAACUGGCAUCGCGAUUAUCUCAAUACCUGCCGGAAUCACAUAGCCAGUUAUUCCGAUCUUCGCCGUUUCUACAUAGUGUGAAGCCAUCACCGUGGGAGACACUUACCUACAACUUGGCCCAAGCACUCUUGUCACUGGGAGCUAAGUACCCGAAUCUGCGCAACACAACACUGCAAGCCGUGGAUGGAUACCUGAACAAUUGCGCCGAGGCCAUCAGUGCGGUUACACCGUUCCAAUAUUCGAAGUCUGAGUCGGGUCGGCAAGGUGUUGUGCAUGAGUCUGUAGUCGUCCUGUCAAUCACGGUCUCCCUGGUAGGCUUCCUGGAAGCCUCUGCCCAAUACACUUCUAUCUGGUAUGCGAACGAGAAGUUACAAAUUGUUGACAAGCUGCGUACGAUGCUGUCCGAGAAUUUUAUCAUCGCAGUUGAGACAGCUUCAUCCACUCUUCGCAAUGCAAAUGGUGCGGAGUAUGUCCUUAAAGACUGGAAGAAGUACACUCGUCGGUACGCUGCUCAUGGUCGCCCAUUAGGUGCCAUGCUCGUACAGGAAGGCUUCAUGCGCUUUGUGAAGUCAUGCGCAGCUUCCCUGAUGGGGUCACAGCACAUGACCGAUGAGCAACUCUUAGAUGACUACAUGACUGGGGUCGGUAUUGCAAAGAGUUAUGACGAAGAUGAUGUCUCUCUUGUCGAACGCGUCACUGAUAUCAUCAGUGAAGAAAUUCAUUUGCUAGAGGAAGGCUCUGACUACUUGCAAGUCGGCUCGCCCUGGCAGCAGCGCCUGGCCUUCUCCGUCAAGGGACACGCACUAGUAGGCUUCCUCAAUUGCGUUAUUCUCGGCGAAGAUGCAACCAACAACGAAGUCCUUUUGUCGUGGCUUGAGGAUACCUUAAUCGACCCUCAACAGAUGGCGAAUGUGGAGCUGGCUAUAACAGCUUUGAAAUGCACCGCCAUUCUUGCGAGGAUGUCACCAAACGGUGCAUCUAUCGGCAGACGCUGCCUUUUGAGAUUUUUGUCCCAGGGAGGUGUGUCGGCGCGCCCCAUUGUUGCUGUCGCAUCUCGAUGUCUUGCCCAAAUCCUUACCAUUCUUUCCGAGGAUGCUAUUAUUACAACUCUAUACUCACUAGGUAAUGCGCUUAGUCCGAGCACGAAUGUGGACCAGUCCAGUCCGGACCAGCUGACUGGAGACCACAUCGGGCCCGGGAUGAACCUUGAUGCGUAUCCCAAGAACGCAAGCCAGACCUCCCUCUCAGCAGAUUACGAAGAUGAAAGUAUGACCCACAGGAAUGUUAUCCAUGCCAUUGUGACAAUUGCUACCAACUGCAACGAUGGCAAGAUCAGUGCACUGGCCCAGUCUAUGCUUCUGCAGAAAAUUGGCAAGAUAAAUGUGGCAGUAGAUGCCUUUAUCAUCCAGGAAACUGCUGUUCUUGCCCUGAGCAGUGGCAAUGCCGAGUUCCAGCUUCUCUUGAAAUUUUAUACACGCAUAUACCUUGAUGGCAUCAACAAAGGAUUGGACACGAUUUCCGAUGCUGUUCAGUGCGCCAUGGCUUACCUCUCGAUAACCUUGGAUCAAGAAUCACCCCUUCAUCGGGUUUAUUUGGUUCACUUGUUAGAAAGUAUCAUCAACAAGGGUGAUGUGCCAGACCUUGCGAACGAGCAUAACCGCGAAGUUGUCUUUGCUUCUGAAGACAUCACGCCUCUGUUGAAGCCCCUCGCUUUGCUCGUAUCUUCCAAGGGAAAUACUAAAGGGACCUCCUGGUCGGCUUUGGACUAUGAUGAGUCGAUCGUGACUUUGUUCCGUGAUGCCUGGUUCAACAUUGCCGUUCAUGGAAUAUAUCUCAACUCUAGUGUUGCCCAGAAACAUCACAAGGAACUGCGACUUCUCGCCCAUCAUUCCCCGCCAUUGAUCGCCGGAACUCGCAUGGAAUCGCUGGAGAGCGACGUGGAAUUGAACACCGUGCUCAGACGCGGGAUGAGGCCACAGCGCAUGGCGGAGCACAAAAGAGCGUUGAUUUCUGAACUUCCUGGCCGGGAGUCCGAUAUCAAGAAAUUGAACCAUUCCAAGGCAGCAUUCCUCAACGCAGUGGUUUUAAUUGAGACCCUCCGCGCCUCCACAGGCGACUCUACCAAGGUUCUCGAUUAUUUCCUCGAUCCAGCCUUAGCCACCCCAGAGAUGGUCGCUUGCUUGAACGCUGUUGCGGACAAGGCAGUCACCUGUUAUUUGUCCUUGACGCUUUCCGGUGAAAAUGAUGACUUUUCAGCCCCAUACCUCUCCAAGCAACUUGCCGAAUUCCUGGUGUCCUGUUGUCACCGCAUUGAGAGGGUCCAAAGCAUUGCAGCGCAGUGUGCUAGCAAGAUCAUUCGCGAAUGCCCAUCUGCCUUGUGCGAAAAGCACUCUCUCUUUGCUCUACUUGAAAUUCUGACCGUUAUGUGGUCUUCCUGUCUCCAAGGUGAACUUGACGAAUUCGAGUGGAAGCCAUCUUUGGUUUCUCCCAUGGGUAUCGUUAAGGUCGAAUUGCCGGACAACUAUGCGUUGAGAAAGGCGACUCUGAGCCGAUUCCAUGAACGAGCCAGAACUUGGGUGACAGCAGUUUUAAACCUCGCCCCAUUAGAUAUCAAGGGAUUGCUUCAAACCUAUCUCUCUGAAUACGACGACGAUGGCAGCUAUGGGCACAUUGCAUUGGGACGUUCAUUUGCUCUGGAGAUGGGCUCUCUUAUCCCACAAAGUGAUCCCCGACUAGGGUCAAUCGACGGCUACGGAAUUACCGAGUUCAAUGUUACAUCUGAUUUCAUGGCACUUUACACGACACGCCAAAAGUAUCGCCGUCCCGACAUGCCUGAUCUCGACGGGCUGGAUGGCAGAGGCUACCUCGCACAACCUCGCAUCAAUGCUUUGCCAGAGUCUGCUGAUGAGUUGGAAGACGCCCUCUCUCGUCUAUUUUAUCGAAGCAUUAAUGGCGAGGAAAUUCCUCUUGUGGAAGUCAGGAAUGUUCUUCGACGAGCUGCAGGUCUUAUUUGCAGCAACAGCAACCCACGACUCUCGGUGAUCCAUUAUCUGGUUGCCCUGCCUUUCCAGAUAUUCACCAAGGACACAAUCAAGCUUGGUGUUUCCCUUUGGCUUGGAGUUAUUCACGAGAACCCAAGCACUGAACCACGCAUCCUAUGUGAGGUGGUUGAAGCCUGGGAGAGUAGCAUCAACCGCCGCAAAGGGUUGUUCGAUCCUACUUUCGGAUACCUUGACCCACUGCAUACCAAGAUUGAGCUGUUGCCAACUGACAAGGAUCUUAUGCUUCGCAUGCAGCAAAAGGCUCAAGACACUCUCUCGCCGCAUUUACGAGUUCUCCAGUUCUUUGAAAGCCAUUUCAAUGCUAUCCGACUGGGCAAUCUGCAAGACCAGCAGCUGUUUUGCCGCUUGAUCAGCGGUACUGUCGUCGGUCUCACGAAGACAGGGUGCCACCCCCUAGCUAGGGAAAUUCAUUUCCGCAUUGUGCUCCUUGGUCUCAAUGUUCUAAAGCAUCUCAGUCCCUACAACAGUGGUGCGUCUUGGAAAAUCAAGGAUCAAAUCUUGUCCGCGGGACUGAGUUGGUUCAAGCAUCCUCCUAGAUGGUCAUUUGGAGGGAACCGACUCCAAAUCAAGGCAGAGGACAGAAUUCUUAACGAAGUGACAGCGACUUUGCGCUCUGUUGCAGGCAUUGCUGCUACUACGCAGGGUUCAUAUAAAUCUUUGCAACCCAAGCAAGAUUUGCUUCAAGUUCUUGUGGAGAAUGAACGAUCCCGUCUUCGAGUUUGGCUUUUCCCCCUGGAGCCCGAGCGUAAGCACCACAUGCCCGUGAUCGGAGGAGGUAAGACCAACGCAGAGGGCCCUGUCUCUCUCCUGCGACUCGCCUGGGCGGAAAGCGCAGGUCUGGCUAUCCAGAUGGCAACGCGGUUCCCCUCGCCCAAGAUGCAGGAUGAUGUUAGGUUGUUGAUACUCAACUUCCCUGAGAAGGCCAUUGAAGAGCCUAGUGCUCUGGAAAUCAUGUUCGACAACUCUCUGCCUGAGGAUGUCAAUUCCCAGUUGAAGUAUCUGCUAUACUGGGCUCCUGUGACCCCCACAGAGGCCAUCACAUACUUUAUGCCCGCUUAUGGCAACCAUCCCUACAUCUUGCAGUACGCCAUGCGGGCACUGGAGAGCUACACGAUGGAUGUUCGGUUCUACUUUGUGCCGCAGCUGGUCCAGGCCCUGCGCUAUGAUGGGUUAGGAUAUGUUGAACGGUACACCCUUGAGACAGCUAAGUUGUCUCAGUUGUUUGCUCACCAGGUUAUUUGGAACAUGAAGGCCAACUCAUACAAGGAUGAGGACUCUCAAAUUCCGGAUCCCCUCAAGGAAACCCUCGACCGUUUCCUGGAUAACUUGAUCGCAAGCUUCUCUGACGAGGAGCGUGACUUUUACGAGCGAGAAUUCUCGUUCUUCAAUGAAGUCACGGGCAUCUCAGGCAAGCUUCGUCCCUACAUUAAGAGAAGUAAGCCCGAGAAGAAGGAGAAGAUCGAGGAAGAGCUGCGGAAGAUCAAGGUUGAAGUUGGAGUUUACCUUCCCAGUAACCCCGACGGUGUGGUCGUAGGCAUUGACCGCAAGUCCGGUAAGCCUUUGCAAAGUCACGCAAAGGCGCCUUACAUGGCUACGUUCCGGAUCCAGAAGACCAGACCGAGAUUGAUUGAAAAGCCCGAGAUCCACGCUGGCGAUCACCACCACGGACACCAACGCCAGUUGACCAAUCAUUCUGAGCCUGCGCAGGAGACCUACGAAGUUUGGCAGUCGGCUAUCUUCAAGGUUGGCGACGACUGUCGCCAGGACAUGCUUGCCCUGCAAAUGAUCGCAGCCUUCCGAAGCAUCUUCACCAGUGUCGGUCUGGAUGUCUGGGUCUAUCCUUACCGGGUGACCUCCACGGCGCCUGGCUGUGGUGUGAUUGAUGUGUUGCCCAACUCUAUUUCUCGCGAUAUGCUCGGCCGCGAGGCAGUCAACGGGCUGUACGAUUACUUCGUCUCCAAAUACGGAGGCGAGGACUCCAUUCGAUUCCAAGAGGCACGCACCAACUUCGUCAAGAGUAUGGCUGCCUACUCUGUCAUUUCCUACCUGCUUCAGUUCAAGGAUCGACACAAUGGAAAUAUCAUGAUCGACGACGCCGGCCAUAUCAUUCACAUUGAUUUCGGAUUCUGCUUUGACAUUGCGCCUGGCGGUGUCCGAUUUGAACGAGCUCCGUUCAAGCUGACCUCGGAGAUGGUUGCUGUCAUGAGUGGAACUCACGACCCAGCUCACCACCAGGGUGGCAACUCGGGUAUCAACCUACCAGGCAGCUCGCACAAUCCGACCAACACGCAACCAUACAAGUGGUUCGAGUCAUUGGUUGUGAAGGCAUUCCUUGCAUCUCGGCCAUACAGCACGAAGUUAGGCCACAUUGUGUCACUGAUGCUUGACAGUGGUCUUCCGUGCUUCAAACCUGAAACCUUGAAGAACUUCCAUGAUCGAUUCGUUCUUGAGAAGAGUGAACGUGACGCUGCAGAGUACAUGAGGGAACUUGUGCGCAAGUCCUACAUGAGCGUAUCGACUAAGGGUUAUGAUCAGUUCCAGCUAAUGACCAACGGAAUUCCUUAUUAG